AUGAGAAGUAUUUUAUCUUUAUUAAUUGUUGUAAUUUUAUCAUUUGUUGCUUUAUCAAAUGCAACCGAUUGUGGAAAAUAUAAAAAUCCAUUGACUUGUGCAAAUAUGGAACCUCCUUGUUUCUGGGAUGGUAAGGUUUGUAAAGAAAUUUAUCCAAAGAACUGUGCAGAGAUGACAGUUGAGGAUUGUGAAAGUAACAAAGAAAAGGGAUGUUAUUUGGAGGGUGAAAACUGUAUUCUCUCAAAAUGUAAAAAUAUUAAUAUUUUUUUUUUUCAAAUAUUUACCAAAAAAAAAAAAAAAAUAAAAAAAAAAAAUUUAUUUAGUCCAUUGUUCAUCAAUCCACAAUGA